AUGGCCUGCGGCCACGCCUUCACAAACUGUGUCACAACAUGUGGCAUGCGCUCCCGCUCAAAAUCUCGACCAUGCACGCCCGACAUAAAAUUCCAACACCUCAACGACACGUGUGCCGCGUGCGAUCCGGCGGCCCGGAGGCGCCGCGUCCGGCAGGAAUACGAAUGUCGGCACGCCGAGCUCAUGGCGCAAUACAUGGCGGCCAAACGAACGGGUAACGGAAAAGCCAUGGCACGUGUGGAACUGCUUGUCAUGGAGAAUUCCAUGACUACGAUGGAGCGAAACUUUGAGAUCAGCGUGCCCUACCAAGAGGAGGAUGUAAUGUGGUGGGAAAUGGAUUGA